AUGCUUUCAAGUCCAUUGAAUCUGCCUAAAUGGCUCAAGGAGAAUUCUCAUUUACUCAAGCCUCCCAUUAACAAUUAUUGCGUUUACAACAAAGAUGUAACGGUCAUGAUCGUCGGCGGUCCAAACGCUAGAUCUGAUUAUCAUAUCAACGAAACUGCGGAAUGGUUCUAUCAGUAUAAGGGCUCCAUGCUCUUGAAAGUCGUCGACGAGGGUGAUUUCAAAGAUAUCCCGAUACGCGAGGGCGAGAUGUUUCUUCUCCCUCCCAACACGCCUCACAACCCAGUGAGAUUUGCAGAUACCGUGGGCAUCGUUCUGGAACAACCCAGGCCGGUAGAAAGUAAGGACAGGUUAAGGUGGUACUGCCAGAAUUGUGGCUCGAUUGUGUACGAGGAGUCAUUUCACUGUACAGAUCUAGGGACCCAGAUUAAAGAAGCUGUCAAUGGCUUCAAGGCUUCGGAGGAGAAGCGGAAGUGCGAUGCAUGCGGCGAGCUUGCUGAUCUGCUCCCCAAGGACGCGAAGCAACCAUGA